AUGGAAUGGGCGAUAGGGAAGAGAAGCAAUCGAAAGCAGCAGCAGCAGCAGCCCACCACCGCCCUGGUCCUUCCCCACACGCAUCACCCUUCCUUCCUCGGUCAAUCUUUGUAUCCCUCAUCUCUGUCUUCCAUCGUACGACUCGCAGCUCGCCGUACCACCACUAUUCUGCCCAACGUCACCAUGGCCUUCUCCCUCCUGGCUCGAUGUGCGCAGCAGCCCGCCCGCUCCGUCUGCCUCGCCUCUCCCUCUGCGCCGCGCUUCUUCUCUAGCACACCUUGCACCUUAGCAGCAGGCCCGUACACUAGGCCUACAUCCUCUGUGCUCCACCCUUACCUCAUCGUAGCUCAAGACGCGCCCGAUGCCCUCUCCACCCGCCUCUCUGUUCGCGAAGAACACCUCGCGGGAGCCAAAGAGGGACACGAGAAUGGGAGAAUCACACUAGGCGGUGCACUCCUCUCCAAAGACCACGGACAAGCAGGCGAGGGAAAGGAGAAGGUCAAGAGCAUCAUCGGGAGUGUGCUGGUGGUCAUGGCUGAGAGUCAGGAAGAAGCACGCAAGGCAGUGGAGAAGGACGUCUACUCUACCAGUGGGGUGUUUGCAAAGGUCGACGUUUGGCCCUUUAUGCCUGCUUUGCACCACGCCGCUGCUCAGCCAGAGGCAACAGAGGCAGCAGAAGCUGCAAAGGAAUUAGCAAACAAGGCACGCGCUUCUCUGGGGGACCUCCGGGAGACAGAGACCAACAAGUGGAAAGAGGCAGCUAUGAGGAGCUUGGAGUUUCUCAGGAAAGGUGGGACAAGGCAGACCAGUUGAGUAGACUGGCAAAGAUCCAGCGCAAAACGAACGGAAAGUCAGAGGAGCCUGCUUUCCGAGUCCAGGAGGUCGUAGACGGCCUAGUGCAUGCCUCGAGACGCACAGGGACUUGUCUUCAAGAGAUCCCAAGAUGAAGAGGACUUCGCAAGGAUGGGAAACACUUCUCCAGGUAUACCAACAGAAGGCGAGCCAGCUUGAACCGAUCAUCGUCAUCUACGGGUGUGUUCCUCGGGAAGUCCGAGUAUGUUCCUUGAUGUCUUAUACGUGCCACUGCUGUGUCCUGAUACUACUGUAGGAAGGGCCGUUUUGUUGGUCUGUACUGCACUCUGGCUGUGGCUGCUUGUAAUCUAAUCGUGGCCAAGCUGUCUUUCCUUGCCGCUCAAAUGCCGACCGAGCGAUUGUCAGGG